AUUUAACCCAGGUUUGCCAACAUUAAAAAACAAGAUUUCUUCUCGGUCCGUCUGCGUUUUGUUGCACGUGGAUUAUAAUAACUAUAAGGCAACAUGGUAGCCCAAAAGAAACAGAAAAAAGCUAUUGAAAGCAUUAACAGCCGUUUGGCUUUGGUUAUGAAAUCUGGCAAAUAUUGCCUAGGAUAUAAACAAACCCUUAAAACUCUACGACAAGGUAAAGCCAAACUUAUCAUCAUUUCCAACAACACACCUCCACUUAGGAAAUCAGAAAUUGAAUAUUAUGCUAUGUUGGCCAAAACUGGAGUUCACCAUUACACAGGAAAUAAUGUCGAACUAGGCACAGCGUGUGGUAAAUACUUCAGGGUGUGCGCUAUGUCCAUCACAGAUCCAGGUGAUAGUGACAUUAUUAGGUCGAUGCCUGCUGGUGAUGGAGGACUACAGUAAAUAAUUUAAGUCAUUGAUAAUUUCUAAAUUUUUAUUUCUAUGAAUGUAAAUUAAAAUAGAAAAGUUAACAGUG